AUGGGAGUUUCCGGUUCUAACCUGUCCGGUAGACCACUUCGGAUGCAAGCACAACGUGUCGAUUCCUCUGACACACCACCGACUCAUGGCCCCCUGAAGGAUGUCUUUGGCGAGUAUACAAUCGUCACCGGAAAGUUCAACGAAAGGUCGGUACUACUCCAAAAACCAGAUGGAAGUGAAGAGAGCAUAAAUCCCAUAUUGAAGCAAGCCUUCUGUACUCCACCAAGAAGCAAUCGCCGGAUAGAUUGCUCAGAUGAAGUUGAUUGGGAGGGGCUAAAUGAAAUACCUGACCUUGGCAUCGCAAGGGCCUCUGUAGCUCACAAACAUGUGGAGGAAUUCAUGCAGAUGAUGAAAAGCGAAGAAAAGAGGAUUGUCGAUAACGAUAUCGCGAAAAAAAUGAAGAUAUGUGCAAGAAUGCUGAAAGGAAAGGAAAUUCCGGAUAUGGGCACUGACGACGAAGCCGAAGAGACCGAGUGUGAGACAGCAGAAUCGUCGGAUGAAGAGGGACCAGUCGAGGAGAGGAAGGAGAACCAACAAAGAAAAGACGAAGAGGAAGACCACGCGCCGCAGGGGAGAGCGGCGCAGAGAAAGACACCCAUGCCGGAGGAGCAGACGGCGAUAACCAUGACGCCAAUGUCCGAUUCGACCUCGGUUAAUGAGUCAAUUGACAAACCCAGGCAUCCAGGACAGACGGAGGGCAGAUCUUCUCAAAAGCGGAAGGGCAAUGAAAUGGAAGACAGCGAGGACGAGGCGCCUAGUACUGCAGCCGCGAAGAGGGCGAACACGGAUAGAAGAGGCGGACCUGGGCUUACCGUCGCCGAAAGGCAGGAGCAGAAACGACUCGCCAAUAGGAGAAAGAAACAGCGUGUGAAGGCGAAAAGGGCUCGGGCGAGACAUGAGAUUGAAGAGAGGGCUUUGGAGCCCUAG